CGUCUCUACGUGUCAAUCUCUUGAUUGAUUAGCUUCGACGGUUUGUGAGAGAAUUGGGCGAUCGAUUGAUUGAUCUCAUCAUUGGGCUAUAGCCUGAUUGGUGUGGGUAUCUCACGAAGGAAGCGGUACAGGGAGGUGAGCACAGAACAGACGAGAGGGAAGCGGCCGUUGUUUGCUUUUUCCUGUUAUGGAAAGUAAUGUAGCUGUGAGUGAUACGAGGCGUCGGGACACAGUGAAAGGUGACGUCGGGACAGACCCGGUGUUGGCUUUGGCGGGAACACAUCAGCUGGUGACAAUGUCGGCCGCCGUUGCCUCCAAACCAGUCACCUGUUACAGGGAUAUCAAGAAAUGGGUGAAGAAUCAUAAGAAGGCAAUCAUCAUGGUAUCGACGGCAGGGGUGUGUACCUAUUAUCUGGUGCACAGAUAUUACACGGCGCUGAGGAUAGAGAGGGAAAAGUAUGAAGCUCAUAUGGCAGAGCAACGCCGAAUUGCAGAAGAGAAUGCUGAAGCACAGUUGCAGGAUCAUUUCGAAAGUAUCCAGCGGAUCGCUGAUUCCACCACCCUCCCAUCUUUGCUCUUGCAUCUGAAGGAUAGUCUCAAGGAGCGCGUUGAUCUGCAGUCGUUGACGGAGAAGUUGAUGGUUGGAAAGGUCGCUCCAGAUGCGCUUAGUUCAUCAGAUAGGAAGCUGAUAUGGGAGGACAUAAAAAUCUUGAGCUUUACGCGGGCUCUCUGUGCACUUUAUUCAUUGAGUCUUCUAGGCUUGUUCUUGAGGACGCAAAUCAAUAUUUUAGGAAGGCACGUGUAUUUCAACACCGCCGGAUUCUCUGGUCACUUUCAAAAGGGUCCAUUCCAGCCACUGUCGAUGAGUGCGCAACAUAGAUUUAUUGGAUUCGCCGACUUUCUUUCGCACAGAGGUCUGGAGAGCCUUGUUAGCAAUGUUCAGGCAGCAGUGGAGGAGAUAGUUCCGAACAAAAAUCUGAAGAAGCCUUACACACACCAAGAGCUGCGGGACUUGUUGAUGGAAAUAAGACGACACUUCGAAGAAAGUCAAGAGGAUUGGGUCCAGUACUUGCUGCCUGAAGAUUGGAGAUUACCUAAAGAUAUUACGUUGUCGCCUUCUAGCAAUGGCGAGUUAACUGACGACGAUCUCAUGCUCAAUCAACUCCUGAGCGAGACUUGCAUGGUGCUGCACAGCCAGGAGUUCCGCAAUGUAUUGCAACCUGUGCUGGACACGCUUCUUGAGGGUAUGUUGGAAGAGAUGCUGGAUGCAUUCGGCGACAACCAAGAUGUAGGCGUCCCCUUGGCCAAGCUUCUUCCUCCCUUGGCAUACACAGGAAUGGCGUUGCUGGAACACCCGGAGGAAAAUGUGUACGUUAACAUGCUCGGUAUUCUUCAACCUGUGCAGGCAUUUUGUGCCAUGGUCUAUAGCAGCUCUGCAAUAAGCUAGGUAAUGUCUGUCUCUGUGUGUGUAACGGAAAAUCGACCCAUUUCGAUGGUAGGUUGGCCGCUCCAUCUCUCUCUUUCCCCUUGUGAUUGGCUACCGUGCCAUGCCAAAGAGCGUUGUUCGUUGUUGCAGUUCCUUGUCUUGGCGGGAGUCGAAUAGACUCAAUUCUUUCGGUCCUGAUCCGCAGGGGACCUACGCUCUGUCCCGACCGGUUAGAAUCAGAUGUAACAUUCAGCAUAGGCACAUGAACAUAAUUUGUUCGACGAUCCUUUAAAGUAUCCCAACAAACGGACUGAGGCGGAGCGAAGAGAAGAGAAUUUUGAAUUGAAAAUGCAGAUUCUACUACACCUUUCAAAUCUCCGUUUGUUGAAGAGUCGCACAGCCGUAUCACCGCAUGUGCUCCGUGUAGUUUUAGCUCAUUUGAUGCGCAGCAUAUGAAGCCUUGGCUUUUGGUCUGGUAUACAUGUCCGCUGUCUGGGGGGUGGAUCAGUCCUUUUUCGAAAGGCAUCUCACUCCCUGCGACUCGACAAUUGCAUGCUAUGAUGCUACCUUUCCUUCUGUCAAAGAUCCUGGAAGCGCUUGGAUCGGCAAUCGUGCGCUUGCAGCACUAUGCGGUCAGGGUAGCGGCUCGCCACCGUCCUGAUGUCGUUCGGAUAGCAAUGAUCUAUCUAAUUUACUGUCGACUGUCUGAGCGGAGGCUUCAGCAGCCAGAGCAUGUUGAAUUGCAGGCUUUAGAGAACUUGAGGUUCGGAUCCGUUAGAUGCAUUAGACGGUUUCGUGCGGUCGUUAGUGGAGACGAUUACAAGGCCGAGGAAUGUAGGUGACGUCUUCUUUCAUCCGUUUGCUUGUGGACGGUCUUGCCUGUGUCGCGAAGGACAGCUUGUUGCAAAAGGCGAUGUUCAUCUUGCCUCAGCAAAAUCGCUGCCAAUCAAGAUGACAGGCUCAAGUCAGAACGACACGGAGGAAGCUAUAAUGGGCGCCCACCCCUUAGCUUCACGGGAUGUUCGGAAGUACUAGGAACAUGGGAGCUCACCCCUGUGCUGUACUCGCUACCAAAUGACCUCCAUUCCCAUGCUUCAUGCAUGGUGCGCAGUACAGCACAUGAGCGGACUGUACGGAAUAUGCUUUGGUCUGAUUUGAAUCCCAUGUGCUGGAACGGAUUCACGUCUUUCAGAAUCAGUAGAAGUAACGAUGGCCCCUGGACGAGAACGAGUGUGUCAAACUGUAUGGGAGAGGGUAGGAGGUGAUGGCGGUGGUAUGGGUCAAUUUUUUCUAGAAUCUAACUUAGUUAAAAAUGACCCCCGCGGAAGGAUGACUGCUAAAAGCGGUAUGGGAGACUUAGGGAGGUGAUGAUCGCUUGCCUGCCACGA